GGUUUGUGACGCAGGGGGCAGCAGCGAACAGGUCAAAUCCCACAGAAAAAAAUAUGGACGCGUGGACGCUACUAGUUUACUAGUGUAGUUUGGGGGGAUUAAUACUGGACGUCGCUCGCUGUUUCUCUACCGUCUUGCCGGAAUAAUUAUUGUGAGGAUCCCCAUCCCGUUUCUGAAGCGCGACAGUGAUAACGGACAGGACCGAUCCGGGCCGGGGAUGGCAUCUGCUGUCCAGGAAGAGGGCAGGCAGGGUGAAGAGGUCCAGGGCGUGUGUCAGGAUCAGACUGGAUGCCAGGAGGGGUCACAAAGCCAUGUGCAUAAUGACACAGAGCUGCUGGGGGACAGUGGUUCUGGGGACCCUGGAGGUGUGAAUAAUGGAGAAGAUGCACGUGACACAGGGCAGGAUGAACAGUCCUCUUGUCAGACGUUGGACAGCACCCAGUCACUGUCUGAGUCUUCCAACUCUCACACCCCAAAUAACCGUGUUCGGAGAAGGGUGGGCCGGCCGCGCAAGCACCCUGAACCUGGGAGGCCGCCCGCCAGUUCCGUGCCCUCUAUGCCGCCACCCAGUACGAGUUCAGAGAAGAACGAGGAGCUGACCCCAAAAACCCAGAAGAAGAGAGGGAGGAAGUCGAAAGUGGAGCUGUUAGCCAUGGCCCUGGAGAAGGAACGAGAGCGACAGGAGGCCGGCGUACCCAUCGAGAACACGCCCGCGGAGGAUCUGGAGGUGACUUCGGGCGGCAGACCCAAGAGAAGAGCAGCCACUGUGGCCAGGAAAUACCUCCAGGCCCUAGUGGAGGAGUUGAGUAGUCACCAUGGGAAGUCCGCCCAAACGGAGAGCCAGCCUGAUAAGAAGGUCACUGCACGCCCGACCCAGAAGCCUGGCAAGGUCAGGAAGCGGAAGAGGAGAGGCUCGGACCAGGACAGCGAUGACGCCACUGCGGACGCCGACUUCAUCCCAGAGAUUAGGGAGGAGGCAGAGAGUGAAGGGGAACCCAGCGAGGAUGACUCCCUUAGCCUGGAUGACGAAGACCGUGAUCCCCGGCCCAGGGCCCCAUACCAGUCCGUUAAGGGCAAAUACCCAGGCUGGGCUGCCAACGGUUUACCCAAUAGCAUAAUGGGCCCGAUCUGGUCCUGCACCGCUGCCACCAAGGACUUCCGUGAGGAGCGUUACUCUUCCUGGGUCUUCCCAGAGUGGAUACCGACAGCCAAAGACUGGAACUUCCUGUCAGGCCGUGAGGCUGAGAAAUAUUUACCUCAAGAAGAAACAUCCCCAGCCUUCAAAAUCUCGCGGGAAGGCCUCAAAGAAGUACCGGAUCUGCACAGAAUUCCAAGGUUUGGCUGUCUGCCCGCCCACCCCGAGCGCUGGGACACAGUCUUCUUUGUCGGCGGCCCGGUCUGGUCCAUGGAGUGGUGUCCGUGUCCCGACGGCGCGAUGGCAGCCAACCAGUAUGCCGCCGUCUACUGCAACCGCGGCAUGGAUGACCGGCACAAAAUCAUGGGCACAUACAGUGAGCCGGCACUGCUGCAGAUCUGGGACCUGAGCGCGCUGUCCUACGACACUUGCCCCGCGGCUCCAGCCCGCCUGGCCUACGCUCUGGCGCUGGAGGACGGCUGCAUAAGGGACAUGAAGUGGUGCCCCAGUGGAGCGUGGGAACUGCCCAGCACAUCCAGAAAGAGUCCCCUAAUGCCGCGGCUGGGUCUGCUGGCCGCGGCCUUUUCCAGCGCCAAGAUCGCCAUCUACAGCCUGCCCCACCCGGAUGCCUUGCUGGCCUACAGGAAGACACAGAAUAAAGGUGCAGUCGACACCGAGCAGCACAUAUACCAGGUCCACAGUGUGGCCGUGCUGAAGCUGGGCUCCAUACAGGCCGACCACGACGGCCGCAGCGGACAGUGCCUGUGCCUGGACUGGCUUCCUGUCGACCCUCACAACGUCCUGGCCGCAGGCUUCUAUGACGGCACGGUGGCACUAUGGAACCUGAACACCAAAUCGGUGCUGCAGCGGGUGCGAUCUCCCAACGGCCGCGUGGUCACCUACCCGUACCACUGCUUCCUAGCUCACGACAGCAUUGUCCGUGUCCUGUGCUGGUGCAGGGCCUCCGGCGACCUCCUGGUGACGGCCGGCGAGGACAGGAAGCUGAAGCUGUGGGACCUCAGGAAGACGUACGAGCCGGCCAACACCUUCAGGCGCUACCUGUCCACCGAGGUCUGCUGGCCGCUGCACUACUCCGGCGUGUGGGUGGCAGAAGAGAGCUGCUACGCCACGUACGGACAGCAUGGAAUCCAUUACAUCGAUUCAGGAUACUUGGGGUUCAAGCCAUUUUUUGUGGCCCCCAGGAAAGGAACAGUCUGGAGCAUGUCUUACUCCGACUGGCUCAACACCUGUGUGCUGAGCGACAGCACCGGCGAGAUGAUCGUGGUCCUGCUGCCCGACACGUCCUUGAACCCGGCCAACCUGAAGCGCACCUCCGACCGGCGAUUUCCAGUACACAGGGCAGAGUUGGUCCCGUUCGGCUCUGAGAAGGAAGACGCGGAAGCGAGGGAGGAAGGGAAUGGUGAUGCCAGUAACGGGCCAAUCAGGGAGCCGCAGACCUACGGGGAGCUCGUCAAGAAGUACUGCCUCCAUUUCCACGAUAUGGACCUGAGGACCUUCAAGAACGCGCAGCAGAGGCCAUCAGUCAAGCGCAUGCUGGCCACAGAGACGAAGGGCCCUAUGUCCUUGGACAAGAUGCCGCUGGAAUCCCUGCACAAGGUACGGCUAAACCCCAACCUCAGCGCACAGAGCUGGGUGCUGUCGGCCGGACACGCGGGCCUGGUACGCGCCCACUGCCUGCGCGCCAUGCACAGCCCCAUCGUCCAUAAGAUGGCGCAAGAGAGCCAAGCGCAGUUCGCUGCCAUGUUUGUGUCCCAGGGAGCCGCGGCCGACGAGAGCGUCGCCACAGCUGUCCGGCACAGCACUGAGACUGUGGUGGAGCUGUUGUGAUGUCACGGUAGCCUUGCCCCGCCCCCUCAGACUUUAAAAGACCUGGCAGGAACAGUGCAGAUCACAGGAGCUCACCUUCACUGGUCUCCCUGGCUGUUUUUGUAUUCGGCAGUCCAGCUUUAGUUUUUAUACAGAUUUAAAUUAUUAUAAGUGGGGGGCAAAAACACUAUUUUGAUAAAGCUCUGAAUUUUUUUUAAAUGCAUAAUAUAUAUUUUAGCAUAAACUUGUUGUUGAUUUGUUGAUGUAACAGUUCCGGACACAUGAAGCUUCACUGAAUACCAAAAGUAUUUUGUGUUGCAUUCAUCCUGAAGGCUGACCCAUUCACUCCCAGUCUAAAUUAAACUGUAUCUUUUUUAACUUACA